AUGUUCUCCGCUAGCCGGAGACUGCCGGUAGCCCUCUCGACAGCGAGUUCGUCGAGCGUCGGCGGUGUCUUGCAGGUCAGUCGUUUGCUUCCCAAUUGGGAGAUCACCCAGCUCCAGGGCCACCACCCAAGCGACCGCAAGACCGAGGUGCUUUAUAUUCAUGCCCACGAGACCGUGAUACACAUGGACGCAGAUUAA